GACUGCGCGCACUGGGCCGACCCUUCACAGCCGGCUCCCAUUGAGUCUCCCAGUUUCCUGGGAGAAGGCGAGGUUGGGAGGGGCGGGGUGGCGACGCGCAGCUGGGGGCGGUGGAGAAAGGGGCGAGCGCAGGGCGCUGACGGGCAGGCGGGGAGACUGGAGGCGGGAGGCGGGCUGGGCCGACACAGGGCGCCGCUGGCAGGCAGCCCGCAUCGGCGCGAGGAGCCGCCGCCGCCGCCGCUCGGGGUCGCCCGGAGCCCCAGGCUCUCGAGCGCUGCGCUCUCCUGGCCGCCGCCCGGGCUCACGGCCCCGCGGCCCGCUACGGUCGAGCCCACGCCCCGGCCGGGCCCCUCGGCGGAACCCCGCUUCCCCGCCUCUGCGCGGCCCGGGGCGCGCCGCCUCCAGCCCGAGACGCCCCACUCUCCGGCUUGGCUUCUGUCACUCGGAACCGGAAUCCGUGCCGCUAUCUCCGCGUCCGGCCGCCUGCCAGCCUGCGCAGUCCCACAGGUGUCCGCACGUCCGGCCGUCCAUCCGUCUCCCCUGGGGCCGGCGCUGACCAUGCCCAGCGGCUGCCCCUGCCUCCAUCUCGUGUGCCUAUUGUGCAUUCUGGGGGCACUUGUUCAGCCAGCCAGAGCUGAUGACUGCAGCUCCCACUGUGACCUGGCCCACGGCUGCUGUGCGCCCGAUGGCUCCUGCAGGUGUGACCCAGGCUGGGAGGGACUGCACUGUGAGCGCUGUGUGAGGAUGCCUGGCUGCCAGCAUGGUACCUGCCACCAGCCCUGGCAGUGCAUUUGUCAGAGUGGCUGGGCUGGUAAAUUCUGUGACAAAGAUGAGCACAUCUGUACCACACAGUCUCCCUGCCGCAACGGAGGCCAGUGUGUAUACGAUGGGGGCGGUGAGUACCACUGUGUGUGUCUACCAGGCUUCCAUGGGCGAGACUGUGAGCGCAAGGCCGGACCCUGUGAGCAGGCAGGCGCCCCAUGCCGGAAUGGUGGGCAGUGCCAGGAUGACCAGGGCUUUGCCCUCAACUUCACAUGCCGCUGCUUGGCAGGCUUUGUGGGUACCCACUGUGAGGUGAAUGUAGAUGACUGUUUGAUGCGGCCCUGUGCUAAUGGCGCCACCUGUGUGGAUGGUAUAAACCGCUUCUCCUGCCUGUGCCCUGAGGGCUUUGCCGGACGUUUCUGCACCAUCAACCUGGAUGACUGUGCCAGCCGCCCGUGCCAGAGAGGGGCCCGCUGUCGGGACCGUGUCCAUGACUUCGACUGUCUCUGCCCCACUGGCUACGGUGGCAAGACCUGCGAGGUAGUUUUACCUGUCCCCGAACCUGUCACUACGGUGGAUAGCCCCCUGGCACCAACCUCAGCUGCGGUGGCACCUGCCACUGGGCCCGCCCCACACAGUGCGGGGACUGGUCUGCUGCGCAUCUCAGUGAAGGAGGUGGUACGGAGGCAAGAAGCUGGGCUAGGUGAAUCUAGCCUGGUGGCAGUGAUGGUAUUUGGGGCCCUCACUGCUGCCCUGGUCCUGUCCACAGUGCUGCUAACUCUGAGGGCCUGGCGCCGGGGCGUUUGCACUCUGGGACCCUGUUGCUAUCCUGCCCCACACUAUGCGCCGGCACGUCAGGACCAGGAGUGCCAAGUGAGCAUGCUGCCAGCAGGGAUCCCCCCACUGCCACCUGACCUGGCCCCCGAGCCUGGAAAGACCACAGCACUGUGAUGAAGCUGGGGGGCUGUCAGGUCCCACCUUCAAACUGGAGUGACCCUUCUUCACCAGCCCUCUGCUGUGUGUUUACACGGAGGGACCUCAGCCUCACGUUAGAAAUAUUAUUUUUUUAAUACACAGAUUGUAAAUGAGAAUUUUAUGAAAAUAAACAAAGACAGUACAAAUGGG